CACACACACACACAUAUAUGCCGGUAUCAUCUGUCAGUGUAUGGAACUCUCCCUCCGCACACACACACUUCUCUCUCUCACACACACACACACACACACACCUCUGUAUUUCUCUCCGUCGGUCAUGGCGGCGGUGUCGGUUGUCCGUCGGUUCGUGUCUCGGUCGGUCGGUUCUCCUCGGCUUCAGCAGCUGCAGCACCGGACCGCAGUGAACACAGCCACCGGCGCCAUUCUGGCCAAACCGAAGAAAACGGCGUUCGGCCUGCUGCGCAUCAUGACGGUGGUGGCCCCGUUCCUGUACGUCGGCACUCUGAUCAGCAAGAACUUCGCCGCUCUGCUGGAGGAGCAUGAUAUAUUUGUGCCAGAGGAUGAUGAUGAUGACGACUGACCUCAGGUACUCCAGAUCUUCACUCUUCACCUGUGUGCAGAUGCAGGAGCUCCUCAGACUUUGUGUGUGUGUGUGUGUGUGUGUGUAUGUUGAUCACUCUUCUAUAAUAAAGGUAAUAUAUAAACACACAAA